AUGGAUAUCAAUAAUAUUAUACGUCGCGUGUCGGAAGUACAGUCGCCCACUCGUUGGCACGCGACCACUACACGCGACUCUGCCAACGUGAGAGAUAUUUCGGGUGCUAGUAACAAGCCUAUUAUGGAGAAGAGGAGGCGAGCGCGUAUUAACAACUGCUUGAAUGAAUUGAAAGCGUUGAUACUUGAUGCAAUGAAGAAAGACCCGGCGCGUCAUUCGAAAUUAGAGAAGGCGGAUAUUUUGGAAAUGACUGUGAAACAUUUGGAAGGUUUGCGAUCUGAAGGCGCCGGUUCGCCGGAUCGUUUCAAAGCUGGUUAUAGACAUUGUCUGUCUGAAGUUUCCAAGUUCCCGGGCUUGGAUUCAGGUUUGAAGCGUCGCCUGGUGAAGCAUUUGGAGGGUUGUGUGAAUGUUAACAGACCGCUAACAGCUCCGACCCCGCCGUCUGAUGUCGAUGAUACAACACACUCUACGAUAUUCAUAUCAGCCGGCCCGGGUUCUGGUGUCCGAUUAGUGCCAACAAGAUUAUCUAACGGGGAUAUCGCGUUAGUUCUACCAGCGGGUGUAAGCGCUAGUACUUUGGGAGCCGUUCCUACAUUACUACCGCUAUCACCUCGCGAAAUAUCCUCUGCUUCAUCGGAAGCUAGAUGUUUGUCACCCGCUAGUUCUGGCUGGGGCAGCCCUUCACCUUUAGAAGAACAAGCGCCUCUCGCGUUAGUCACUAGAAGACAGCCAGAGGAAAAACCCUGGCGUCCAUGGUGA